GGGAGACCCUUGGCUCGUCAAGCUGAAUAUAGCUGUCACCUGUGGCUACUUGCUCUAUGAAUUGCAGUCCAUUGGGAACCACAGCUGUGCAAGCGGCACUGAAGUGAACAAGACUUCAGCAACAGCUAGAUUCCAAGAACAUCAAGAAAUAUUCCUGGUGGGGUGCACCCUACAACAGCACUCAAGAGAAAGAGAAUCAUUAGGCUGACAUCAGAAUCCCUGGCAGGUGGCGAUUGGCCAUGCUGUCUGACCAAUGGAAGAACUCCCCCUUGGAUUGGAGGAGGGGGAGAGCCUGAGAGCAAAGAGUUUUUAAAAGUUGCAAGGAAAGCAGUGCAGAGACAGAUGCGACGUGCACCAAGAAAGCAUCAAACCACACACACAAAACAGCAACACAGCACGUGUGCAACAUGUCUGCGACACACUUCAACAGGGGCCCAGCCUAUGGCAUGUCAGCUGAAGUCAAGAAUAAGCUAGCGCAAAAAUAUGAUCCCCAGCGGGAGCAUGAGCUGCGGAUAUGGAUUGAGGAGGUGACAGGGAGGCGCAUUGGAGACAACUUCAUGGAAAGCCUGAAAGAUGGAGUCAUCCUGUGCGACCUUAUUAACAAACUCCAGCCUGGAUCUGUGAGGAAGGUGAAUGAGUCCACACAGAACUGGCACCAGCUGGAGAACAUUGGCAACUUCAUUAAGGCAAUCACAAAAUACGGAGUGAAGCCCCACGACAUCUUUGAAGCCAAUGACCUCUUUGAGAACACAAACCACACCCAGGUCCAGUCUACUCUGAUUGCUCUGGCUAGCAUGGCCAAGACAAAAGGCAACAAGGUGAAUGUGGGGGUGAAAUAUGCAGAGAAACAACAGCGUAAAUUCCUGCCUGAAAAGCUGAAAGAAGGACGGAACAUCAUUGGAUUGCAGAUGGGCACCAACAAGUUUGCUAGCCAGCAGGGCAUGACAGCCUAUGGUACACGCCGGCACCUCUAUGAUCCUAAGCUGGGCACAGACCAACCUUUAGAUCAAGCCACAAUUAGCCUACAGAUGGGAACCAACAAAGGGGCUAGCCAGGCAGGCAUGACAGCUCCUGGAACCAAGCGGCAGAUUUUUGAUCCCACCCUGGGCAUGGAGCACUGCGACACCCAGAACAUCUCUUUGCAGAUGGGCAGCAACAAAGGAGCCUCACAGCAGGGCAUGACUGUGUAUGGGCUGCCGCGGCAGGUCUACGACUCCAAAUACUGCCUGACGCCGACCUAUGCCAUCAUUGGGGAGGACGAGGACCAGUACAACCACAGCCAUCAUAACUUCUACAACUCAGAAUAGCUAGCAGGAAUCAUGGGACAGAUACAGAACAGAGACACCAACACCACAGAGGGCACUUCCCAAACAGAAGAUCCACCAUCAAGUGGCUAUUUUAAUCUGGGAACGCAAGAAAAUCCAGACUCCCCCAAAGCCUCCACCACUGAGCCUUAAAGCUUCACCUUGAUACCUUUCACGCUUUAUUUAAUGUAUCAAAUACUACCACUACCUUUAAGCAUGCAGCUCAAACUCUUCAGGUUAAAUGUUACAGCAAAAAUCCAGUGGGUUGGGAGAAGUAGAGAGAAUCAGCUUGCUUGAUUUCUCUCUCCUCUGAACAAGAGCCAUGCCUCCCAUCAGAGUCAUUGCUUCCUUGUGGCUUAUGCCAGGUGCUGCUACUCCUGCUUUGGGACAAGGCAGAAGCGGGCUAUGGAAGGUACAGCUUCUGUUGGUGAAUGCACUGGCUACUGCACUCCAUUUUGUACAGUCAGUGACAGAAAUUGCUCUGGUACAAGCCCUAUCAUCUAGCUUGCUCUGUCUCCAAGCAGUUUGGGGUAAAUUUGGCAAGCUCCCCAUCUGCCUAUUUUCUGAGGGGUUCCAGGCAUUUCUGCUUCCUAAAUAUCAAUAGUUUUGAACACUGGCAAACUGAAUCAGCCAUUGGGUUCCUGAAAAUGAAACGAGGUAGAGUAUGUGUACUGCGGAGGGAGAUUGUGGAAGGUGGUUGGACACAUCUAACCAGACAGGGUAUGUUCCAAAGAUCUGAAGUUAUCCCAAGAUUAAUGUGACAGAUCAUUUAGUGAGGGUGACAGACAGACACAUGCAAUUGUAAACCAAGGCUGUUCAUCUUCUACAUUUUCAGGAAGAUUCUGGAAAACAAAUUACUAGAUUAUCAAGAAUCUAGUCUUCACUAAAGAAGUUUCUAGUCCUCAUGGGCUCUACUGAGCUCUAUAAUAUGUAAGCAGCUUCCACAAAAAACUCUAGUGUUUGGUAAUAGAACUUCUUGGCAAUGCAUGGGAAUUUAUCCCUUCCUCCAUUUGACUGCCUCUCAUUUACCAAUAGUUCUCCCGUCAAGUAAGCCACUUCCUUGCCACCAACCUCAUUUGUCUCCAGCACAUAUACACAGUUUUAUAGUAAAUAAUGGAAAUCAACCAACUCCAUGCAAAGCAAGCAUAUAGUCUGGGGAAGAAAUGUAAAGUUCCUGAGGUACAGAACAUGAAUAGCCCUCAAUAAGGCUAGCAGUGCGGUAUGACUAAUUUUUGUUUAAAAUGUUUCGAUUAACAUUCACAUGCCUCAAAUGAAGACAAUCACCUGCUGUAAAGCUAAACCUGCAGUUUUGAGAUCAGGAUCGUGAGUCUAAGCACAUGUAGGCUAAAGUCAAUCACAGUGAAUUUACCUACACAUCUAAGUUGGGCUUAGGAUAGGACUAUCAUUCAAUUAAAGACUGCAUAAUUGAUUAAUUGUAUGGGCUUUGAUGAAAUCUACAUAAACUUGCAUGCAUCCCAAUAGCCCUGAAGAACAAAGCAUUAGCUGUUUGUAGUUGAGGCCUCCCUGUGUCAAAGCAAGGGCCAUCUCAGAAGCAGCAUCUGCUCCUCUGUGAGGGCAGAAUAUUCUUAUAAGAAGGCACCCGCUGUCACCCAUGGAUUUGUAAUUAUAUUAAAAAUGUGUUUUUUUUUAAGAAUACAUCUAGCUGAUCAAAACAUUUGAUUAAUCAAUUAAAUUAAUUGUCUAAACACUGUAGCCUCAGUUUAGGUUUGCUGUGUUUAUGUAUGUGCAUGUCAUCAUCUGUGUCUAUUUAGAACAAGAAUGGCCGGCUUCACUAACACUGUAUCGCCGUGUUGUCUGAUGGCAAAUCUAGAGCUAGAAGGGGCCGUUUGCCCAUUGAUUCUCACUGUAAUAUGUGGUGCCAGAUAUUGUUACAAACCCACAUUUGAGAAAAUUCCAACGUCUAGACUACUAAGAAGUCAGCUGUAUUGCCAAGGACAGCAGCUGCCUUUAAACCCUCUUUAAACAUAAGAACAUAAGAACAUAAGAAGAGCCUGCUGGAUCAGGCCAGUGGCCCAUCUAGUCCAGCAUCCUGUUCUCACAGUGGCCAACCAGGUCUUCUCCCUUUUCUCUCAUUGGAGUUAGAAGCGUUCUGCAUGCUGAGCAGCUAAAGACACUUUCUCCCUCAAAACAAAACAAAAAACCAACAAAUCUAAACAGAUAUAUUUGUUUGCAAUGUUCUGCUAAUGAGCACUUUUUAAUUUC